GUGUAUCUCUCCAAGGGCCACGUGCACCUGAUUCCCCUGGCUUCGUCUCCUGCUUCUCUCACACCGCUUCCUUCCGGCACCCCCUCCGUCAUGGACGCCGUCAGCACCGUCAGGCGGCUCCCCGAACACACCCGCGCCUCACCGCAGGUCCAGGCGGCUGUCACCGCUAAGGUCGACGGGUAUCCCGGCAAGAUCAGCCGAGAGCAGCAUGUGGCACACGUGUACGUUCCUGUGGGCGUGGCCGCAUUGCUGCGUGAGUACCCGACGCUCGUGGCCCCCGCCGUCCACGCCUUCUGCAGGAGAGAUGUCAUCGAUAACAAGGCCCUGCGAGUGAUGCGCCACUUCCCGCCCGAGACCCGCGUCAUGACCGCGUGCCGCUUCAGCAAGGCACUCUACGCCCAGCUCGCCUCGCAGCGCUACAGCCCCGAUGUCCGCACGGGCUGGGAGCUGCCGCCGCCUGCUCAGUCCGAGUUCAAGCAGCACGACAUCGGCAUGAAGCUGGCCUGUGGCUUUGAGCUGCUGGUGUGCAGCGCGGGGGGCGUGACCCCCGUGUCCACGCCGUCCGAUCCACCUGGCAGCGACGCCAGCGCGCAGCUCGACCUCGCCAACAACCCUCGCUGGCUCAAGUACAAGCAGUCGCUCUCAAAUAAAGGAUAUUUCAGGGGUGAACUGGAAGGAUCAAAAUUGUUCAAAGAACUAGAAGAUCGCGCUCGACAAUUUUUCGUGACCAACAUGGUCUCCAGCAAAGGCUCGGAGGAGAGCGAAGACAUGCUGUCUGCCGGCGCCAUCAUCAUCAAGCUCCUUGGCAAGGUCAACGUGGACUACGAGUUCUACAAGGAGAGAGCGACCAGGCUUGUUCAUGCUGAUGAUGACAGCUGGCUGCAGAUAACGCCAGACGCCCUGGAUGACAUGCUGGAGAACAAAUUCGAAAGUGCCAACGGCAAUGACCAGCCAAGACCUGCUGAUGACACCGAGGUGAUGAACUCUCUCUCAGCCUUCCUAGGACACAUGUCUGACCUGGAUGGCGCAGAGGUUCCUCAGGACCUGCAGGAGCGCAUCAGGAAGCUGUCCACGCUGUCCACCUCCCGCAAGGCCUCCAAGGCCCGAAAGCCCUCGAGCCUCAUGGUGCACCCGCAGGUCCGCAAGAUAUCGGCCCAGUCCAAUGCCUCCGACUCCUCCAACAGCUCCGAAAUGUCCUCCCUCUCCAACAAGGUCGAUUUUAAUGCCGAGUCUUUCACUGAAGCCAUUACUAAUAUUCUUGAAUUCGGAGUUCCUGAAGAUGACUACUGGAACCAGUCGGAGGACGAAUCGUCCGGGAUGAGCAGCUACGGGGAGGAAGACGCAGGCGAUGGCAGCCUGAGCCGCAAGUCCUCCAACACCUCUCAGAAGUCCGCCGCCUCCACAGUGUCGGCCACGUCCUCGGGCGUCGACCUCCAGAUGAGGGAGUACCUGCGGGAGAUGGAAAGAGAGCUUGCGGCCACAACCCUCAGAGACAGCCUCGCCUCGCAGCCCUAUGGCAAUGACGAUGAAGCGGACGAUGAAUUUGACGACGUGGAAGAUUUCGAGCCCGUCAAGGUGGACAUGCAAGCGGUUCAAGACCUUGUGAAGACGUACACUGCUCAGAAUGGCUUGCCUGGACCCGCAUCCUCACUCCUCGGUUCCGUGGGCAUUAAACCAGAGAAGAAGUAAAGUUCCCUUGUACUUUGCAUGGGUACCUGCUGCAGCUGCUUGCUCAGUAUAAUAUCGCGAUAUAAAAGCAGAGAAGUAUAUUCUCAAACGAUAAUAAUGUAUAUCAAUAAACAUGAAUGAUAAGUGAGUAAGGGCUAUCACCAAUAUAUAAAUGUAUAUGAGCCUGAUGACAAGCAUGUAUACAUAUAUUCUGACAGUACUUAAACUUAAAUGAGGCUAUGAGGAUAUGAGGUGCCAUUUUCCAUUUCCUCCCUUCCCUCUUUCCCUCCUAUUCUUCUAUAACCCCCAUCCCCACCCUAUAAACUUUGGAAAGCCAGGAGGAAUGUUAGUAACAUUACUUAAUGUUCUGCUCAACUGUGAUGUGUAUUUUAAGUUAGGAUUGGAUACACGCUUUGUUCAGCUAUGAAAAAAUAUCUCUUUUAUUUUUAGAUUUAGUUAUAUAUUUACAGUCGAUAUUACCAUAUUUAUGUACACGAGAUCACAAUGAAGCACCAACACGUACUGAAUAUAAUGUGGAUUUUCAUAUUUAAAGAAAUUGAUAAUUUUGUAUUAUAACUCAUCAUGAGGUUACAUGAUGGACUGUGAUUGAAGUGGGUAUUAAUGUUCUAAUGGUCAAGCAACCAUAGGAAUAAGAACGCAUUAGUCCAAUGUAUGGCAUUAUUAAUAAUAAGUCGCGUUGGUGGUAGAGAUUCUGUCUCGUUAAAAUUGAUUAUGAGGUUGAUUUGCAAUUACCCUGUCUGUCUCUUAUUUUCUUUCCUUUAUUCUUACGUCAGUAGCGUCUUGUCCGUUUAUAUAUUUUCUCUUCACGUUGACAUGAUGUAUACAGACGCAUUUUUCAUGUUAUACAAUUCAGGAAUUGUAUAAUUUAUUUAAUUUGAUUGGCAUAUUUAUUUUAGAACUAUACUUUCAUUUUACAGUAAACAAUCUUUCACCGUAAACGUUAUCAUCCAAAGAGAAAGAACAGUCUUUACCACCUUCCCUCCCUUUCUUUUUUAAGACAAGGGUUUGGUAGCUUUAUCUUUUACACUUGUUUUCACGAUGAAUUUCCCUAUAUCGAAAUACCCACAAGAGCGGCAAUAAGGUGGAGAUAUAUACACGUAUAUACUAUACAGGUAGACUUUAAAGGGCCAUAAGCAAUGUGAUAGUUAUUUUGGGUGGUUCUCUGUUUUUAGAGGCAUUCGGUUUUGCAUAUGUAUAUAAUGAAUCAUGAACUUGUAAAACGUAGUGGCCUUGAAUUUUACUGAGAAUGCUAUCCUGUUCCACGCAGCACAAAUUCUGAAGUAAUGUAUCUAAUACAAUAAUGGUUUAUUGAAGUAAUGUAUCUAAUACAAUAAUGGUUUAUUGAUGUACCAAUCGGACAGUGUAUCCUAUGCAAUAUUUAUUAAUCAAAAACUUGAUUGUGUAUUACAGCUGUACUCCAUUAUCAUGUAUUUCGUCCAUUUCCUUCAGUAAUUGCACAUAAAUGAAAGUUCUUGGUUGAAGUCUUCAAUAUUGUAUUUAUAGUAUAAAUAUUAAAUCUCUGUAUUAAUUUCCUAUUGCUCAAUUCUCACCAGAAAAAAAAUAUAUAUGGAAUAUCAUAAUGAGGUAAAUCAGUUGUGUAAGAAGAGCAGGUGAUGAGGUAGAGGGCAAAAUUUCAGUAUUUUUUAUCCGUAUUUUUAAAGACUGGCGAAUUAAUGCAGAAGCAAAAUAUAAUUCCUUUCCAAUUUCUGCAGUUCUGCUGUGGCCAGUUAAAGUUUAUUUGUUUAUUUGGAAAAGUGCGAAUGAUAAACCUGAAUAGUAUACUUUAUAGUCUUAAUUAAUCAAUGAUAUUCAAAGAUAGGUUUUUACGAUGUUUUGUGUAUAUAUAAGACAGGUAGAUAUGCGAAUGUAUUCAUGUUUACAGAAUAAGCUGAGGUUUGACCACACAAACAGAACUUAUUAACAUAACUUAUGGUAUGUUAUUGUGUAGUAUGUCAAUUGUUUCUCAGAAUGCUGGAAUUCUGUGUCUAAGUAUCUAAACAUUUUUGUAUCUUUGGCAAUAAAUGUAUCUGCAUGUA